GAAAGAAAGAAGAAGAAGAAGAAGAAGAGGGUCUGGAGAGAGACUAUCGUAUCGCAGUUUCAUGAUCCGUUUCCUUUUCUUCUUUAGAGAGAAAGAGCAAAUACAUUUCCAGGAAACAACAAGAAGAAGAAGAAGAGGAAAAACCGGGUUGUACCCGAAUACCCAUCUCUCUCUCUCUCUCUCUCUCUCUCUCUCCACCCGGAUUCCAAAGUUGUUGUCUUUCGUUUGCCUCCCCUCUUCCCUCCUUCCCUUUCUUGUUCUUGGAUUUGGCAUCAAAGAGAGAUAACAAAACAGCAAACCAACAACAUCUCUCUCUCAUCUUUCUCUCCACUUUGCUCUCUGUGCCCAGAAACAAGGGCUACCUUCCUUGUUUCUUUCUGCCUUGCUAGGAUUUGCUACACUUACUAGAUUCCCUAAUCUACUAUCUCCUCUCUGUUUUUUUUUUUUUUUUUUUUAAUAACAAGUGGCCUCUCACAUUGACCUCUUUGUAUUCUCAUAUAAAUCGUCAACCAUCUUUUUAGGGGGGAGGAGGGUGUGUGUGUGUGCUCUCCUUAGAUAUAUUCAGUUUUAAUUUUUUUUUUUUGAAUCAGAAGAGAUCUAUCCAUCUCUCUGUUGUAUGAAGCUGAAGAACAAUGGGUGAUGGUCGCCUCAAGAAAAGCAAGCUUUCAUGGCCGAAAACAUUGGUCAAGAAAUGGCUAAACAUCAAGAGCAAAUUAGAAGACUUUUACGCUGACGACUUGUUCGACAGAGGAGGUGAAAGUGGAGAUAGGAGGAACAAUGUCAGUGAAAGAGAGGAAGCAUGUUCUGUCAACAAAAGCACCAAAACUGAGACGACUCAUCCAAGCAAAAGGAAUAGCGGAAGAGCCAGACGACGAAACAAACCCGAAUUCGAUCCACCACUUCCACUUGAUAAUUAUCUUCUUAGGGUAUUUACUGCUACAUGGAAUGUCGCCGGAAAAUCUCCGCCGAGUAAUUUAAAUCUGGAGGAUUGGCUUCACACUUCUCCUCCUUCCGACAUUUACGUUCUCGGCAGGUUCCAAGAGAUCGUUCCUUUGAACGCUGGCAACGUCUUAGGCACUGAGGACAACGGCCCCGCCAAGAAAUGGGUCUCUCUCAUCAGACGCACCUUAAACACUCUCCCCCUCGGUACCUGCCCUACUCCUUCCCCUGUUCCCCACCCGGUCGCCGAGCUCGACUCUGACUUCGAAGCUGCUCCUAACUCCUCCCUCUACCAUCGCACCAGGAGCCUUAGGAUGUGUGACACUUCUGCUUCAUCCCUGCACCUUGACCUUAGGUUCAGCGUCUGUGACCGUUUCAUGCCUGACGAUUUCUACGACCACAGCUUCAGGUAUUGCUCCUCUGACGACGACGAGCCAGAUUCUCCUUCUCAUCAUUGUCACUAUUCCCCUCUCUCGAGGACUGGGUCCUUUGUGGCAGACGAGAGGGACAAGGGAAGAGACAAUUCCAAGUAUUGUCUAGUCGCCAGUAAGCAGAUGGUUGGGAUCUUCUUGACCGUUUGGGUCAAGACUGAUCUAAGGGACAGUGUCCAGAACCUCAAAGUGUCUUGUGUUGGGAGAGGCUUGAUGGGGUAUCUUGGAAACAAGGGCUCGAUUUCGAUAAGCAUGUCCGUUCACCAGACGAGCUUCUGCUUUGUCUGCAGCCACUUGACAUCUGGCCAGAAAGAAGGCGACGAGCUGAGAAGAAACUCUGAUGUUUUGGAGAUUCUAAGGAAAACCAGAUUCCCUAGAGUGAACAACGCAGGCGACGACAUGUCUGAACCCCAGACGAUUUUAGAACACGAUCGGGUAAUCUGGCUUGGAGACCUGAACUACCGUAUAGCUCUUUCUUACCGGUCUGCAAAAGCCCUUGUCGAGAUGAGAAAUUGGAGAGCCUUGCUUGAGAAAGACCAGUUACGGAUAGAACAACGAAAAGGUUGUGUCUUUGAAGGCUGGAACGAAGGGACUAUCUAUUUUCCACCCACUUACAAAUACUCUAACAACUCAGAUAUAUACGCGGGAGAUGAUCGGCUUCCCAAGGCCAAGAGACGGACUCCAGCAUGGUGUGAUCGCAUACUCUGGUACGGGAGUGGGCUUCAUCAGCUGUCAUAUGUUCGAGGGGAAUCAAGAUUCUCGGAUCACAGACCAGUCUACAGUUUGUUCUUUGUAGAGAUUGAGUCGGUAUGUAGAAACCGUAUAAAGAAAAGCUCCAGUUACACCAGCUCUAGGAUCGAAGUUGAGGAACUUCUUCCUCAGCGGUACGCAUAUAACCCGUACUGAUUCAUCAUCAUCGGUCCGACUCGUAAAUCCAUUUGAAGACAGAUCCCGGAAGGAGGUCUCAAUGUGUCUAAAGCCUGAACCAAAACAAAAAAUGUAGUCGGAGGUUUGUGGUGGACUUUUGACAUGCAGAGAGUCAUGGAACAAAACGCAGAUCUUCUUGGUCAAGAUCUCUGUUUCUCGGGUUAGAACAGGACAUGAUUCGAGUGCAAAAAAAAGAAAGGAAUAAGAGUAGUAAUAAGGUCUACAGAUAUUCAGCAGAUCAAAUACAUAUAUAUAUCUUUAGGAUUAUAGAGAAUUGACCAGUUAUUAGCUUCUUUUCAGACCACUAGUUUUCUUCUCUAGUAGUGUAGACGACACACUAGUAGUAGUGUAGGAUUCGUCAAACUUGUGCAUAAAUGAAUUAUAUAUGUGUAUGCUUGGGGAUGUAAAUUGUAAAAUGGAUUCUUUGUAAGGACCAAUGGGUUUAAGAUGAUUGGAAAGUGCAGAUUAGUUUA